UCCGUUAAGUCAGAUGAAUGAGUUUGACUUUGUCAAUUGUAAUCGAAUCUGGAACUCUUUCAGAAUCAUACUGUCAUGAGCCAAUAUUCGAACAAGAACUUAAUAAUGGAGACGGAGGGAGAAGAGCACCUAGAGAUACUGCACAAUUUUGAGGACUUUGAAGAUAUGAUGCAGGACCUCACGAUGCCAAUGGCUAAAGAGCUUUUCAUGGCCCAUCUUGGCCUGAGUAAACUUACUAGCACAUCGGAUACGCAAAGCAACAGCAGCAGCUACUACCUCGUAAGUUCCCAAGAGUCCAAACGCAUUUCGAGCGAGGAAAAGACCAAGUGUCACCAUAUUGAGGAAGUGCAGCAUCAAGUGGAGCAAGGAGCCAAAGAGCGUGAGAUACUACUGCAGACGCCGCGCGAGGAGCCGCUGCACAAGAUGAUUCGCUGGCUACUGGAUUUGCCGCAGCGCUGUGAUCUCACGCGCUUGUCCUUAUCAGCGCUGCGUUGCAACGAAUGCCAUCUGUGCGAGGGCGUCGAGUAUCCGUGCACCCAUUGCGGCCAGCAGUUCCAUCAGGAGUGCCAUGGCGAUCAAGGCAAACUCAAGCCCCAUCGCCUAUGUCCAACCUGUACACGCAAUAAUAUCGAGUUCGUGGACCGAUAAAUAUAAUAUCCGUGCAACCGUUGUGGCCAGCAGCUCCAGCGGGAGUGCCAUGUCGAUCAAGACAGACUAAGCCCCAUAGGCUGUGUGCCCGUCCUGUACACGGAAU